AUGGCGGAGAAGACUACGAUGAUUGGGCCAAGCACACUCAAGGUUAUCUGUCGCGAUCGCGCUGUCGUGUCUUGUGCACGCGCCUUGGAAGAUCUGCCGUUGCUGUCCCUCUUCCCCUUCAGCUUUCUACUCACAGUCCUCUCUUUGUUCUCUAACUCACUCCCACUCCCUGCUUUGCAAAGAAUUCAUCGACGAAACAUUACGGACCACAACUCCGAAGCUACACAGAUUCAACUCCUCGCCCUCUCGCACACACGCUCGACAUCUCGAUCGCCGAUGGCCUCAAUCGUGACCAAGGGCAAGCCUGCCCAGCAACUCUCCUCACUUCUGCCACCGCUCGUCUUCGGUUGUGCUGUUUUCAACUCCCAAUACAACGAUGUGAACAAGCUGGAUACCGUCGGAUUGGUGCAGGAAGCACUCGAGUUCGGUAUCAGAGCAUUCGACACUAGUCCUUACUAUGGACCCAGUGAGGAGCUACUCGGUGCAGCCCUCGACACAGAAUUUGUCCGCUCCCACGUUCCCCGAUCCGAUCUCUUCUACAUUACCAAGUGCGGUCGCAUUGCUGGAGACGAGUUCGAUUACUCACCUGAGUGGGUCCGCCAAAGCGUUGCCCGCAGUCUGCAAAGACUCCGCACCGACUACCUGGACAUUGUUUACUGCCACGAUGUCGAAUUCGUAAGCGAAGACGAGGUCAUCGGAGCCAUUAAAGAGUUGCGUCGCAUUCGCGAUGAGGAGGGCACACUUCGCUACAUCGGUAUCUCUGGAUACCCUGUUCCUCUGCUCUGUUCGCUCGCCGAGCGUGUUCUUCGCGAGACUGGCGAGCCUCUCGACGCUGUCAUGUCAUACGCAAACUUUACAUUGCAAAACACUACACUUGCAACAAACGGUAUUGCACGUCUGCGUGCUGCUGGUGUUGACGUCGUUCCCAACGCUUCACCCCUUGGCAUGGGUCUCCUGCGUCGCGCAGGACCUCCUGUAGCCGGCCAAGGAGACUGGCACCCUGCUGGUCCUGGUGUCAGAGCAGCGGUCCGUCGUGCGAGCGACUUUUGCGACCGCCAUGGAGAACGACUCGAAGUUAUUGCCAUCCGCUACGCGCUGGAAUCUUGGUUGACGCAAGGUGCGAGUGUCGGCUCAAGAGGUGACCCAGCAUCUGGCGUCCCAUGGACUCGCGAGUCAAACCAGCAGGUCGGCGGCCAGAAACUCGGUGUGAGUGUCAUGGGUGUCAGUAAUGCUGGCGAACUGGAAAAGACAAUGUCAGUCUGGCGCAGUAUCCUUGACGGUCUCGAGGGUGGUGAGGAGACUGUCAAGCUCGCCGGUCGCUGGAAGAGAGACCAUGAGUGGAGUCAGAACCGCAAGCACGGUGUUCAGAUCAUGGCCGAUGGUAUCCAAGAGCAUUUGGCCGAAUACCUUGAUUUCGCGUGGGACAGUCCUGGCAAAGACUAUGUCAACAAGAGAGCCGCCAAGAACCUGACGGCACCCGAGGCCGAAGACGCACCCUGGUUGACACCUGCUCAGAGUCCUCAAGCCGAUCAAGACCUCCCCGAGGAGAUCAGCAUUGCUUUCCGAUAA